AUGGCGACCGGAUUCGACCUUCGACUGCCACAGCCUCUCGACUGCGCGAAUUUAGCCAAAGAAUGGCCUCGUUGGAAGCAGGCAUUCGGAAUUUACUUAAGGGCAAACAAUAAAAUGUCGGAAAGCGAAGAAAAUAAAAUCGCCGUUUUCCUAUGGCUGAUUGGACCUCGCGGUGUCGAAAUUUUCAACACAUUAUACCCAGAAAAAGCAAGUGCCGAUAAUCUUUUUGGUAUUGGUGGCAACGAUGAAGAUGCUGCCUUCGGUGAUGCGGUCGAGAAUGUAGUGAAUGAACAGGUACUCACACUUGCAGACGUUAUCGCCUCGUUCGACGACUAUUGCCUUCCACGUAAGAACAUUGCGAUGGAGGCAUUCAAGUUCAACACGAUCGCACAAAAGGAGAGACAAACAUUCACCGAGUUUGAAACGGAACUUCGCACACAGAUACAGUACUGUGAGUUCAAAUGCCAUCAAUGUCAAACGUCUUAUUCUGAUCGCAUGCUACGCGAUCGGAUAAUCAUUGGUAUACAGGAUAAGAAACUGCAAAUGAAACUGCUGGAUGGACGAGAUGACCCGCUGACAAAAAUCUUCGAAACCUGUAAGGUGUUCGAAGCGGCUUUGGAGAAUAAGCUUAUACUUGACCGCAAAGUGAAUUCGCUAGAAAUAAAACCAGUUGAGUCGCAAUUGGACAAGGGACAAAAAGAGAUAGCUGCCAUCACUCGGAAACAUUGUUUCAAUUGUGGGAGACCGUUUAACCAAAACCAUCGUCGUAGCUGCCCAGCUGUUAAUGUGAAAUGUUUUGCUUGUGGUGGUGCAGGCCAUUUCAGUAAAUGCUGCCGUCGUAAGCUGGAAAAGGAGGAAAACAAUACGAAGCAACCGAUGAAACCCGAACCUUUUAACAAACCGAAGUCAGUGUUAACGGUAAAUUGGAGUGACGCAGAAUAAAUUCGACUGGUCAUAGCGGUGAGAGUUCAUGGGAAUGGCACAAGCUUUACCGUGUAGGUGACAUAGAAGUACGAUUCAAACUAGACACCGGCGCUGAUGUAAAUUGUAUACCGAUCGAUGUUGUUAAUAAAGUUGGCGUGGCGGUUCAAAAUGUAAACAAUGCUCAUGUUCUCGAUUAUAGUUCUAAUAAAAUUAAAAUUC